AUGGUGCUCAUUGAUAAGCACGAGUACGUAUCCCAAGAAGAGCGUCGCCUGAGAGAGGACCGUGAACACUCGCGGUACUGGAAACGAUGGGGGCCGUAUGUGGCAGAGAGGCAAUGGGCUACUGUUCGCGAGGAUUACUCGGAGAAUGGAGAUGCUUGGAGCUACUUCUCUCAUGAUCAUGCGCGGUCUAGGACCUUCCGCUGGGGUGAGGACGGGAUUGCCGGUGUCUCAGAUACCCACAACCUGCAGAACAUUGCCUUUGCAUUCUGGAACGAGAAAGACGACUUUCUGAAGGAGCGCCUAUUCGGGUUGUCGAAUCCUCAAGGUAACCAUGGCGAAAGCAUCAAGGAAGCUCAUUUUCACGUUGAUAAUACUCCGACGCAUUCCUACAUGAAAUACCUCUACAAGUAUCCCCAGAAGAAGUUCCCCUACAAGGAACUCGUGGAAGAGAAUGGCAAACGCUCAAGGCAAGACCGCGAGUAUCAAAUUCUUGAUACGGGAAUCUUCGACGACAACCGAUACUGGGACAUCUUCAUCGAAACAGCGAAAGAAGAAGACGAUGAGGAAGAACUGCUCUUCCGCAUCAUCGCCUACAACCGAGGACCAGAGCCUGCCCCGUUACACAUCAUCCCUCAUGUUUGGUUCCGUAACACCUGGUCCUGGGGCUAUGAAGAUCAAAAAGAGAAACCAUCCGUCGAAAAGGUGCAUCCCAUGAUAGCCAAAACAUCUCAUCAUAAACUUGGGGAGCGAUAUGUGCAGUUCGCCCCCUCGCCGCCUGUUGGUGACGGUCAGGACGAUGUAUUCCCUCAAAUGAUGUUCACAGAGAACGAAACGAAUAACGAACUGUUGUGGAACACCAAGAACAGUCAACCAUACGUGAAGGACGCCUUCCAUCGCCUCAUUGUCAAUGGAGAAAAGGACACAGUCAACCCUGCGAACAAGGGCACCAAGUUCGGUGCCUGGUACGCCUUUAAUGAAGGUGAAGGAAUUCCUCCUGGAGAAUGCGCUGUCGUUCGAUUUAAAUUUUCGCGUAAAAGGGGUACAUUUCUGGAUGAAGAGGUCCUGGAUAAUGUCAUCGAUGAACGCAGGGCCGAGGCAGACGACUUCUAUUACCACAUCAGCCCGCUUCCCAUGAGCGAUGAUCUACGCAACAUUCAGCGACAGGCAUUUUCUGGCAUGUUGUGGAAUAAGCAAUUUUAUCAUUUCGUGUGGGAUCAAUGGUCAAAUGGUGACCCCGGUCUCAUUCCACCUCCGCCGGGUAGGAAGCAUGUCCGUAACCAACAGUGGAAGCACUUGUACAUGGACGACAUUCUCUCAAUGCCUGAUUCUUGGGAGUAUCCAUUUUUCUGUGCAUGGGAUACGGCUUUUCAUUGCAUCCCGCUGGCCAUGAUAGACCCUGAUUUUGCGAAGAAACAGCUGGACCUUCUCACCCGGGAAUGGUACAUGCAUCCGAACGGGCAGCUCUCAGCGUACGAAUGGAACUUUGGUGAUGUGAACCCACCGGUCCACGCGUGGGCCACGUUCCGGACAUUCAAGAUCGAGCGGAAGAUGUAUGGCCGGCAGGAUCUUGAUUUCCUGGAACGAGUCUUCCAGAAGUUGUUACUCAAUUUUACAUGGUGGGUCAACCGCAAGGACUCUGAGGGUAAAAAUGUCUUUGAGGGUGGCUUCCUGGGCCUGGAUAAUAUUGGGCUAUUCAACAGAUCGGAGCCUCUUCCUACCGGGGGUGUCCUAGAGCAGGCUGAUAGUACAGGUUGGAUGGCAUUUUACUGCCUGUGCAUGCUGAAUAUCGCCCUCGAACUCGCUAAGCACCGGCGGAUCUACGAAGACAUUGCAUCUAAAUUUUUCGAGCAUUUCAUUUUGAUCAGUGAUGCCAUGACAUUCAAGUCCGGAGGGCAGGAGACGUCCCUUUGGAAUGAGGACGAUGGAUUUUACUACGACGCAAUCUCCUAUGGUGAUCCUUGGACACAGCAGCUUCCCGUCCGGUCCCUCGUUGGCCUGAUCCCUCUGUACGCUGUUCUCACCCUCGAGCCCGAGUUGAUCAACAAGUUCCCCUCCUUCAAGAAGCGAUUGGAAUGGUUUGUUGAGAACCGGCAAGACGUGGCAGAGCGCAAUAUCGCCAGCAUGAAGCACCGUGGCAAGGAUGAGCGGCUCCUCCUGUCCCUCGUAAGCAAGAGCCGUCUGGAGCAGAUCCUCAAAAGGAUGCUGGAUGAGACGGAGUUUCUUUCAGAGCACGGCAUUCGAUCCAUGUCCAAGCACCAUGAGGAACAUCCUUACUCGAUGGAGGUGAACGGCCAGAUGUUCCGGGUCAGCUAUGUUCCUGGUGAGUCUGACAGCGCUCUCUUUGGCGGUAACAGCAACUGGCGGGGACCGGUCUGGUUGUGUGUCAAUUUCCUACUCGUCGAGUCUCUGCUACGAUUCUACAUGUUCUAUGGCGAUUCAUUCAAGGUGGAGUGUCCCACAGGCUCCGGAGAGUAUAUGCAUCUGGGACAUGUGGCGGAGGAGAUCCAGCACCGGUUACAGCACUUGUUCGCGCGCAACGACGAAGGACGUCGUGCCGUCUACAAUGGCUCCGACCUUCUCGACUUCGAUGAGCACUGGAAAGACUACAUGUGGUUCCAUGAGUACUUCGACGGAGACACUGGUCGGGGUCUGGGAGCAUCUCACCAGUGUGGAUGGACCGGGUUGAUUGCUAAGAUCAUCCACGAUACGGGAAUCAACUGCCGAGUCCCACAAACCCCCCGCUCGCCAUUCGCAGCAGCAUCGCACUACUUUGACGACAUCUUUUCGCGGACAGUGCGACCACGCGGGAGCCGUCGCCCCAGCGUGCGCCGCUCAUCCACCAGUCGGUCAAUCGGAAACCGCAGUGACUUUGAGUCUGCUUUCACAGGUCGUAGCACGCCUGGGCCAGAAUCAGCGUUGGAUGAUGAUGAGAAACUCGGCGAGUCAGGACUGGGAUUUGGAGAUGACGAACAUGUGUCGCAGUACGUGGAGAGUCAGCUCGAGCGUGUUCGCAGUCGGGCGUCGAUGGGAGCGUAUGAGGACGAGUUUGAAGCACAGGCUGAUCGAGUCCCGAAUGGACACUGA